GGCAAAUUGACGAGCGAAGCAGACGAGCAGAGCUCACAUGAAUGAGGAAAACGUCUGUCCUGGAGUUUUUUAUCGUCACACAACGAUAAAUGCGGAGUUUAUCUACAGUGUGUGGACCUUAAAACAUCCCGAAGGGACACGACGUGCGUGCUCCUUGGACCUUUUUUCGUUAUUUGGAUAAAUUGCUUGAGGACCACCGAGGGGAAAAACGGGCGUCGACGGAGGUGUCGGGCUGCAUGCGUCUUCCCAACGUUCUCAACGGUCAUCAACCAUCUUGCCACCAACCAGAUGCCAUCUCUCAUCUCUUUUCCUUCUUCUUUCUAACUUCCAUCUAUCUCUCUCUCAAGAACAUCUGACUGUGAGUACUGAGACACACAGAAAGUGCACUUAUUGUAUUUUUUUGCUGUUAAAGCGAAACGGUCACUAAGUUUAUGACCUCAACGUUCACAAGCAACGACCCAGGCCUGCAACGUUUUUUUUUUAUGGUGGGAAGUUUUUUUUUGCUUUAUACAUUAUUUGAUUUCCUCUGUGUAUAUAUGAGUGUGUGAAAAGUUUAAAGUAUUUCGGUUGUGUGAGUUAAAACAAAAUACACAUUUUUACUUUAAUGAAAGACUGAAAUCUUAUUAUUUCUUAGUAGGCUAAAUAUAUUUAAAAAUUCUACUAAGUGGAGGCACCAAACCAUUUAAGUUGUUUUUUCAUACUUUAAUCAAAUUCUAGCAACGGCACCACUUACACAAAAAAUUCGAACCCAGAGCCCACCCAGCGUGUCACGUGGGUAGGGGCUACCUAAAUUGGAGGCACCGCUGGGAUAAUUACAUAUACUUCUUAUUAUUUAUUGAUUGCAAAAGGUAAAUAACCAAAGAUUUCCUAAAGUGUUUUUUUUCCUUUUGGUAAAGUGAUUUAUUGAAUUAUAAACAACUUAGUGACCAAACAUUUUAAACAUGAGUAAAUCAACCCAACAUCAGUUGACCAACUGGUGCAGAGGGGAAGGAAUUUCUGUGACACAUGCCCUUUUAUUGUAUGAUGUUUCAGAAGAUGAAGACAUGACUGUUAUUGAAGAGACAAUGCAAACUAUUAAAGCCCUUGGUAGAGUUAGAGUCCGAGGCAAAAUGUUUGACACCCAGACCCAGACUCUCACUGUUUUGUGUGAGUGUAGGGAGGAAGUAGAUUCAUCCAAAGUCCCGCCAGAACUGAUUUCACCCACAAGUGGUGGACGGUGGACAGUAGUGGUAACUCAGCCGCAACAAGAUGACUUCUCAGAAAAAUUGGCCAAAUUUCUUGAAGAGGAGGGGAAAACGUUGGAAGACAUUACAACAGAGAGCACUAGUGGUAGUGCUUGGAAUCCUGAAUCCAUAAUUCGUGCUGUUGGCGAUGUUCUGCGACAAAGUCCCAAACCCACAGAAAGUCACAAUUACCGCCGUCUGAGAACUUUCUCAGGUAUCAGCCCCACUCCAGCUGGUGAAGAAAGUUUAGAUGGCUGGUUGGAUCAAGCAAGAUUCAUGGCAGAGGAAUAUGAGUGCUCGGAAAGAGAGAAGAAACGGAGGAUUGUUGAAAGUCUUAAAGGGCCAGCCAUGGAGAUCAUUCAGGCUGUUCGAGGGUCCAACCCUAAUGCAAGCUGUAUGGAAUAUAUACAAGCUAUUGAUGACACAUUUGGAAGUACGGAGUCUGGAGAAGACCUGUACUUGUCUUUCAAAUCCCUCUAUCAGAAACCAAAUGAAAGAUUAUCAGAUUUUUUACACAGACUUGAAAAAUCCCUCAGUAAAGUAAUUCAAAGAGGUGGUCUGCCACACGUUGCUGCAAACAGAGCCAGGCUUGACCAACUCAUUAAAGGUGCAGUUGAGUCCGACCUCAUGUUAGUCCAACUCAAUUUAAGAGAUAAAAGAACCGCUCCUCCAACAUUUCUUGAUCUAUUGAAAGAGAUACGUGAAGCAGAAGAUCUGGAAGCUGCCAGACGUUGUCUCCGAAAGCCUGCGUCUCGUCAAUAUGUACAUGCAGUGCAAGUAGAGAAAAAUUGUGAGCUAACCCAACAAAGUGAAGCCCAGUUACGAGCUGAAGUUGAAGAGUUAAAAGCCAAACUGAACGAGCAAAGAAAUGUGCAGUCAUUGUCGAUUAAUGAGGAUUCUACAAAAAGGUCCAGGAAGAAUAGUGAUGCUAACUGUUCAUCUAACCAAGAAAUGCAACUGUUAAGAGCUGAAGUAAACACACUCAAAGACCAGUUAAAAGUGAUGACAGUGCAGUCUUCUCACUACUCAAGAGGAAAACCUGAAUACAGUAGGAACAAAGUGACAUUAAAUCCAAAAGCUGCUCCAUUCAAACCCCAGACUGACAAAGAGUUUUCCAGAUUUUUUUGCUACAGGUGUGGGGAAAAUGGACAUGUAGCGACCAAAUGCACCGCCCCUGAAAAUUCAUCAAAAGUUAUUAAAAAGCUCAUUCGUCAGCUCCGUAACAAUCCUGCUGAAGAGGGGUAGAAUCCCAAAAGACCAGACAGUGAUGUUGCGAGGGUGAAUACAAUGAAACUUUCUAAUACAAAAACAGACCUACCUGAAGUUGGUCCAUCUUCCAUUUGCAAAAUCAAAGUCAAUGAUCAUACCUGUGAUGCUCUCAUAGAUUCUGGAUCAAAUGUGACCAUAAUUUUCAAAGGCUGGUAUGAAAAGUAUCUGUCACAUGUCGUCAUACAGCCUAUUUCUCGACUGGCCAUCUGGGGUCUUGCUGAGUCUGAGUACCCCUACAAAGGUUAUGUAGUGGUGGAGAUGGAGUUCCCGGAAGAAAUGUCAGGUGUCAAAGGUUCUGUAACUGUUCUUGCUCUCAUAUGCCCAGAACCUCGACAUGGACAGCAGGCACCUGUCAUAGUUGGGACAAACACUUUUCUAUUCCACAG